UUGAGCACUCUCUCUUUCUCUAGCAUUGCUUCCCUUUUUUUCUUUGAGGUCUUGAGCUACUCUCUUGGUUUGUGAACAACAUCAUGCAGUUGAGGAGCCAGCGGCGAUCAAUAAUGGUGGAAGAGAGUGGGGAGGAGACUAGUCCUAUGAGGAGCUGUAAGGAAUGUAAUACGACUAAAACACCAUUGUGGCGAAAGGGAGCAGACGGGAAAAAUACACUUUGCAAUGCCUGCGGCCUCAGGCGGAAGAAACGACUUACCAAAGUACUGGACGCAGAAAGCAGAGCAAAGAAGGGGAAGAAAACCACGCCCAGAAAACCAAGAAUUCAUACUGCUGGCUCAACAACCAACAGAGGAAGAGGACUACUGGGAAUCGAGACAGUGAUGAAAAAACGGAGGAGCUACAACCGGAAGAUGUGGACGAUGGAAAAGGACCAACAACUAGCUGUGGCAGCACUGCUAGAGCUAGCUGGCUCAGCUCUUGUUAAACUCUCUGAUAGUAACUUUUACUGA